AUGGCCUCGAAGACCUGGAACGUCGGAAUCGUCGGCUACGGCCUCAGUGCCAAGACCUUCCACAUCCCCUUCAUCCAGGAAGUCCCCCAGUUCAAGAUCUACGCGGUCGUGCAGCGCACCCCCAAGCCCGACGAUGAUGCGGAGAAGGACCACCCCGGCAUCAAGUCCUACCGGAGCACCGAGGAGCUCAUCAAGGACGAGAAGGUCCACGUGGUGGUCAUCACCACUGCCCCCGACUCGCAUUACGCGUUGGUGAAGUUGGCGCUGGAGAACGGAAAGCACGUCGUGUGCGAGAAGCCCUUCACCCCCACCUCCCAAGAGGCCGACGAGCUCGUCGCCCUCGCCAGCAAGCAGAACAAGCUCUUGGCCGUUUACCAGAACCGCCGGUGGGAUGCCGACUUCGUGACCCUGUCCAAGCUGGUGACCAACGGCUCUCUGGGCCGGGUGGUGGAGUUCGAGACGCACUUCGACCGCCACCGCCCCGAGGAGCCGGCAGCGGAUGUGUCCAAGUGGAAGAACAAGGUCAUUCCUGGUGGCAGUGCCAUCUACGACCUGGGAACCCACCUGUUGGAUCAGACUGUCCAUCUGCUCGGCAAACCGGACCGUGUCACCGCAUUCAUUGGCACGCAGAGAGAGAUAAACACGAACGGAUUCGAGGAUUCCUUCACCGUUCUGCUCCACUACCCCAAGGGUCUCCUUGCCACAGUCAAGGCGGGCGUUGUGAGUCCCGAGGAGGAACAGCUGCGCUUCUGGGUUCGUGGAGACAAGGGCAGCUUCAAGAAGUACCACCUCGAUGUGCAGGAGGAACAACUCAAGGCGGGAGUGAAGCCCGGUGACAGCGGGUAUGGCCGGGAGCCAUCUGAGAGAUACGGCACACUCACUACUAUACAGAACGGCAAACCCGUGAAGGAAGUGACUCCCACAGUGGAGCCGCCGACCUGGACGGAGUACUACAGGAAGUUGGCUCGGGCGCUCGGCGGCGAGGGGGUUCUCCCGGCCAGUGGAGCGGAAGCUCGCGAAGUGAUCCGGCUGAUCGAGUUGGCCCAGGAGAGUUCGCGGCUGGGCAAGACGCUGGAUGUCUAGAAAGGAUGAAUGUAGUCGGCCAUGAUAUGAUGAUAGAAUGAACAUAGAACCAAAUAAAUGUACGGGAGAGUGUAUGCAAGUUUG